AUCAUCAAGACUUCGUAAAGUAAACGUGGUGUUUUAAGGUAACACUGCAAAAUGGAUUUAGAAGCAUAUUCUAAGAAUUUAACAGACUUCAUCGCUGGAGGAUAUAUAACUUCUGCCAUAAUGAUCGGGAUAGAUCUUGGUCUUUUUGAACAGCUGAAAAAAAAUGACGGACCAGUAACUUCACAGCAGCUAGCUGACGCUUGCAAUCUGAAGGAUAGAUAUGUCCAGGAGUGGCUGGGAUGUAUGGUAUCCUGCAGGAUUGUUUCAAUGGAUGCUUCCGAUAAGUAUUUCAUCCCAGAAUCACUCAAGCCAGGACUCAAUGCAUUGGGAUUUGCCUUUUUCAUUCCUGUUAUGGAUGUUUUAACAACAAAAGUGAAGGACUGUUUCAAGAAGGACGGGUCAAAAGGUUUCGGCUAUACGGAAAUGCCCAAAGAAGUUGUGGACGCCAUUGAAAACAAAACAGCCGACCCAGACGAAGCAGUGAAUCAGCUUCUUAAACCACUUCCAAAACCGUUAGAGUCGAAAGCCACCAUACUCGAUUUAGGGUGCGGCGGAGGAAAUUUAACAAGAGCGUUACGUAAACGAUUUAAAGAUGCUGACAUAUAUGGUGCUGACUUGAGCGAAACGGCCAUAACCAAAGCAGAAGCACUUUCAAAGUCCGUGAAGAAUUUGAAGUUUGUAAAGACGGACAUAACACGUAUGCCCGCCGAUUGGACACGGAAGUUUGACUGGGUGAUCUUGUAUGACGUUCUUCACGAUCUGCCUGACAACGUUAAUGCCAUGAAGGAGGUUCAUCGUGUCCUGAAAGACGACGGGGCCGUGUCCAUCGUUGACCCUAAUAUACACAGUAAACAUAGAGAUAAUAUCGGGGACGCCAAUACCGCAGGAGUAGGGUACGCCAUCAGUUCCGUGAUUUGUCUCCCAUCUAGUUCGUCAAUAGAGGGCGCAGCUUGUCACGGAAUAGGCUGGGGUACUGAAAACAAAGAGGCGUUUUUGAAAAGCUCUGGCUGGAAAAUUCACGCAAAAGGCAAUGUCGAUAGUCCAUUUGCAUACAACUUUACGUGUGGCAAAGCAUAAGAAUAAAAACAAUCAUGUUUACAUCAAUGAUCGCUUACCAUCCAUAUAUCUGGGAAUCAGUCUUUUCCCGGGGAGUAUUACUACAUCGGGAAAUCCUUUCCCUGAGGAGACAGUAUUACUAAUCGGGAAAUCCUUUCACUGAGGAGAUAGCAUUCCUAUAUGUGGAGAGUGUAUGCUUUACCAGAAUACUCAUAGAUAACUAAUAACUUACUAAUAUUUUCUUAACAUAUUAACAUUAUCAGCUUUGUAUAUUUCUGGAUGAUUAGUACAGUGUGAUACUUUUCACAUUGAACGGGCGAAUAUGACGGUUGAAGUGGAUAUGCACGUAUUUUUUUUUCGGAAAGUCCCAAUGUCAUGACUGAUAGUUCACUCACUGUCGAGGUCUUUAUUCUACAAACUUGAUAUGAUUGGAUAUCGACCGAAAUGUUAUCCGAUAAAGUUGAGGGUAAAAUAGGACUUGGUCAUGGUAGUAAAAUGAGGAUUGCAGAAAAGAUA